ACCCCAACAUCCUUUUGCGGCAGCAAUUCCGUGGGGGCGCCGUUACGUGGGGGAGGGGUGGGGGGAGGAGAGGGGAAUGGAUGGAAACGACGGGAGAGAAGCGGCGCGCUUCUCAGGUGGAGGGAGACAGGCAGGGAGCUGGAGGCGCUCGGGUCGACCGGGCCAUUGUACAAACAAUAGAAUCUACAGCAUCAGUGACGUAUCUGCGUGGCUGCCGUGUGUGUGUCGUAGACGAUUUGAAAAAAGAGUGUCAUUCCGAUUAAUGAGAGAGAGAAAGAGAGAGAGACAUUAUGAAAUCGAGGAACUAUGCUGUAGAGAGCGAUGUCGGGAUAUACAGGGCUCGUGCAAUUAAACUAUGAAUUUCGGUCACAUCUGAUUUCAUUCACGUCUGCUCGAUGUAAUAAUACUCGCCGAUAUAAUAUUUGAUACGAUUCGUCGCGCGCGACGAAUACAGUGAGGUGAGGUCCCUCUCGAAAUUUCAAACGCCAGCGACGUUCGCGCGCAAAUUUCGUACACCGGAGUGAACGUUGCCGCGUAUCGCCCGACAGCUCCGACUACUCGGUCGCCUGCACGCCACUGCAUCGCGGUGCGUUUGUUUUCAAUUUGCCGAGAGCACCAAGUUCCCCCUCUCCUUCGCUCGCCACGUUCGUGGUGCAGCCACGCUUACAGUGCUCGCUGUUGGCCUCCGAACGCUUCCAAGUUAGUUAUCCGUCUGCAGUCGCGGAUUGAGGGUGAUCUCCGUGGAACACGUCGCGUUAGCCGCAUGAAUUUCAUUCGCCCCUCGUACAUUACUUUGCACUAUUAUAAAAGGAGAAGACACGCCGUUUCCCCCGAUUCGAAUAUAAUUCAAGUUACGCGCGCAUCGCGCCACAGACGCUGCCGUCGUGUUGCGUUCAACCGCGGUUGGUAGGACUGUUCGGAAAAUUCGGAAAGUGAACAGGUGUUUUUUGAAUGGAUUAGGGCGGGAGGGGGAGAGGGAGGGAGGGUGGGAGGGAGAGAACGCGGAAGAAAGGAAGGAAGGAAGGAUUCGCCGCGGCCGCGCCGUGGUGAACAAUCACCAAUCGCCGCAAAUCACCGGGACUUGGCAGCCCGAGUCGCUCCGGAUGAUCGAUUGCACGCCGAGGAUGCACGCGGCUACGCGGCUGUUCUCGACGCCCCGCCAAGAAUGAAGAGAUUCUUCCACUUUGCACGCAGCCUGCAUGAGUACAAAAUAGAACACGGUGUCACAUUUUUCGUUGCAUUUCGUGUGCAUUUAUAUAUAUAUAUAUAUAUAAAUGCACGUCAUAACGUGAGGGAUUACAUGAGGUGAAAAAGAUCGCUUGGGAAGGCACGCUUGAAAGAUGAGGAUGAUAUAAAUCGAUCGGUCAACGAAGGCAAUUUUGUUAUUUCAUUUCGCACGAGAGUCGAAUCCGGACUUUUAAAUAUGCCACACCAAUUUGGACUGCCAACGAUGGCACACGGUAUGCAAUCCCCGCCCUCGCCGACCUCGGUCAUGUCCGUUUAUCCUCGAUUCGGCUCCGGCAUCUACAGGGCCGAUCACCAGGACCAGCGACUUACCCGGGAGGCGAUGGAACGUUAUCUACGCGACCGUAGCGACAUGGUGAUUGUAAUCCUACAUGCCAAGGUCGCGCAAAAGUCAUACGGCAAUGAGAAACGUUUCUUCUGCCCGCCACCCUGUAUCUAUCUGUUCGGUGAUGGUUGGAGGAUGCGUCAGGAACAAAUGUUGCGCGAAGGCGAGAGCGAGCAGAGCGCUCAGCUGUGCGCUUUCAUCGGCAUUGGUAAUUCGGAUCAGGACAUGCAGCAGCUGGAUUUGAACAACGGUAAACAGUACUGCGCGGCAAAGACCCUUUACAUCUCUGAUUCGGACAAGCGCAAGCACUUUAUGCUCUCUGUCAAAAUGUUUUACGGCAGUGGCCACGACAUCGGCGUGUUUCACAGCAAGCGUAUCAAGGUCAUCUCGAAGCCGUCGAAGAAGAAACAGUCUUUGAAGAACGCAGACCUGUGCAUCGCCAGUGGCACGAAAGUGGCGCUCUUCAAUCGGCUGCGAUCGCAGACGGUUAGUACGCGCUACCUUCACGUGGAGAACGGCAAUUUUCACGCGAGCUCGACGCAAUGGGGUGCGUUUACCAUCCACCUCUUGGACGAUAACGAGAGCGAGUCGGAGGAGUUUCAAGUGCGCGACGGUUACGUCCACUACGGUAGCACCGUCAAAUUGGUAUGCUCCGUCACAGGAAUGGCUCUGCCGCGACUGGUGAUUCGCAAGGUAGACAAGCAAAUGGCCAGUCUGGAGGCGGACGAUCCCGUAUCGCAGUUGCACAAGUGUGCCUUUUACAUGAAGGACACGGAUCAUAUGUACCUGUGCCUGUCGCAGGAACGUAUAAUACAAUUUCAGGCUACGCCUUGUCCAAAGGAAGCGAACAAGGAGAUGAUCAACGACGGCGCCUGCUGGACCAUCAUCAGCACCGACAAGGCAGAAUACCAAUUCUUCGAGGGUAUGGGCCCGGUACGGUCACCGGUGACGCCAGUACCCCUGGUCCACAGCCUGCAUCUCAACGGCGGCGGCGACGUCGCGAUGCUCGAGCUGACGGGCGACAAUUUCACGCCAAACCUGCAAGUCUGGUUUGGCGACGUGGAGGCCGAGACUAUGUACAGGUGCCAAGAGAGCGUGCUCUGCGUCGUGCCGGACAUCUCGCUCUGCCGUGGCGAGUGGCUCUGGGUACGUCAGCCGACGCAAGUGCCGGUCUCUCUCGUACGCAACGAUGGCAUCAUUUACGCGACUGGUCUAACUUUUACGUAUACGCCCGAGCCAGGACCGCGUCCGCACUGUCCGCCCGCCGACGAGAUUAUGCGGGCGCCACGUGCCAUGCACAAUCAAGCCAGUAUACCACCUGCCGCGAUGCCCGCCGACGUGCCCUGGAACACUCAUGGACCACCACCGCAAUCGGGUCUCUGAUGUCUCCUAGACAAUCGUCU